GAGAAGGAAAAUGCUUUCCUUUGGACGGAUUUCAACAUCUCUCUUUACAAUUCUGAUGCUUCAAUUCAAAGCAUCAGAUGGGCAAAAGCGAGCUUUCUUUACUGUUAAAGUCGGUGAUGAGGUCACCCUACCGUCUGAAAAUGUGACGACAGAGAAUCAUAACUGUGACGGAACCACAUGGAAAUUCAAACACACAGGACGGAAAACUGUAACAUUGUUUGAACAAGGGAUAUUCACAAAGGAAGCUAAAGCUAAAUCAGGCAAACUAAGUGUUACAGCAAACUGUUCUCUGGUCAUUAAGAACGUCACAGCAGAUGAUUUUGGUCAUUACUGCUGCAAAAGGAACACAACAGACCAAAAAGUCUCCCUCAUUAAGGUUGAUCUGAAUGUUGUCACCAUGACUGAACAUAGGAACGAGGAGGAAGUCACCUUUAGAUGCUCUGUGUCAGUGUAUACCGUCUGCAAACACUUAGUGGUGUGGCUGUAUGAGGGCAAAGAGAACAUAUCCCCAGACAAGAACAUAUCAACUUCCUGUGCAGCAACAGUCACAGUACCAAUGUCUUAUCUCCAUCAGAAUUCUAAGUUUUAUGAGUUAUUAAAGUGCAAAGUUAAAGAGGCUUACACUAGAAAAGAUUACCUGUUCACCUUCAGCCAUCAGUCAUCAGGGAAUUCUUUUUUUUUCAGACACAUCAUUCUCUGCUUGGUUUUAGCAGUAUCUCUAAUAUGUCUUUGCAUGGUUAUCAUAUGGCUGAGCAUUUUAUGUAACAAAACAGCCUUGAAUAGAAAAACUUGUAAUGGGGAUCAGGAGACAGUGCCGUAUCAAAACAUGAAAUAACCAUCUGCUUCUGCUGGGUUCCACCUAUCAAUGUUUUCAAGAUCCAGAGUACAAGAAUGAAAUGAAUUAACUUUAUCCAGCAUAUGCUAUUUGUAAAAAAUAAAAAAAUAAAAAACAAGGAAGGCAUUUGAAUCUGAGCUAUGGCAAAUCUUAUAAGAAUAUUGUAUUUUAUUCAAGCUU